CCAACCCGCACCGCCACAACAGCUGGGGGAGGAUUUCCGACCCAGUCACAGCGAAGAUGGUGGCAGCCACAGGAGUGGAGAUAGUACGCUCGCCCGGAUAAGACGGAAAAGCAGCCACAAACUCCCGCUGUAGGUCUGUUUUUAUUUAGCCCCCAACUCCAGCAGAGAGAUAUAUCAAGGAGGAAAAAGGGUGGCAACCAGCGGCGGACGGAAGAGGACGCACCACAGCCAGAGCGCACAGUGUUGUGUUUGUUGGACACAUGCAUGCCAGCGAAAACUAGAGCUAUCCAGACCUAAGGAAUUGGUAGAGAUAAGGAAACAUUGCUUUGGUGGGGGCGGUUUUUGAUAAUCCUACCGAGGACACAUCCAAAGGGGGUUCCUUUAUUGCUCUGGGGAUUUUCUACUUCUUUGCUCCGGGGGGAAUGCGAGGGGAGGAAAUCCAGCCUCAGCUCCAAAUAACCAGAGACUCCUAACUGGGUCUCCUCUCCAAACGCAGGAAAUACGGCCUGGGAAAAAAGUUUAGGAGCUUUUGGAAGCGAGAGGGGGCCUAUCGCUGACGUUUUGCACGCGUUUUACGACUUGAUUUUUAAGUAUUACUUUUUUUUGUAUCAAGCGCUCCUGAUAUUCCACAGAAUAAGUUUAAGAAAAGCAUUUAAAUGUUACACACCGUUGGUGUUGUUAUUGCAAGAGUUUUGAUCAUCACUAUUUAUAGACCAGCCUGUUCCGACCGAGGCUGUUCCUCAUAGCUGUAUGUUUUGCCAACUGCGCGCAACAAGUUGCAGACACUCCCAGCAGAGGCAAACCUACGCUAAUUUGGGCCAGCGGAUGGUAUUUUCUGCGCUUCUCUUUUCGGAUUACGCCUCUUUGAAUAGCGCAUACCCCUCCCCGACCCCCUCUUUGGAAGGCAGAGGGGGAAUAAACGGUGGAGAUCCGGAGAGGGAGUUCAGGAAAGGACGGGGCUGGAUCCGUGGGAAUAGGCCUGCCUGUCAGGCCUCUUAUGAUCUGAUUCUUGGACUGGACAGGGCUCCAAAAUAACUCAGCUUGGAAUAUUUGCAAGGGCCCGCUGGAAUAAAGAUGGAAGGAGAAUGUAUGAGAAUAAACAAUGUAAAUCCUUAGGACACUGAGCAAUACAUGAGAAGGGAUGUAGAGGAAGGUAAAGUCUCCUUAAUUACAGAUCACCCACUUUGUUUUCUUAAUUAACAGUUUAGUCACAUUGUGGGUUGGCAUUACUUUGUGUAAAAUAUUCACAGCAUAUAAAAUCAAUGUAAAACGAGAAUGUUUCUUUUUUUAAGAGAGGGCAGAUUAAUACUUUUUUGACAAUAUUUUUAAUGUAGUUUUGAUGCUUUACGACUUUAUGAUGUCCACACAUUUUUAUUUCAGCAAUAGCUGUCCAUAAGGACAAGACUUUGGGUGUGUUUUAGUUUUUAAAAAGGGAAAGGACGCAUAAACUGACCAUUUGUCACGCAUGUUGUGGAGAUAAGAGGGACGGUGUAACUUUUGUAGCCAUUUGCUGUGCACAACACCAACUGUUGACAGCCUAUAGCUUAUCUGUAUCUGCUCAUACAAUGAAGCCCUGGACCUGAACGCUGUUUUUUCCACGCAGACAUAAUUAUUUCGGAAUGAAGAGAAAUCUGGGCAUUCUUCCUUAAGCUGUCUGACUCUGUCAUGUCAGCAGUAUCGAAAUAUUGCGCACAUCCAGAAGAGGUAAUUUCCAGUCAUGUAACGUCAGGACUGACUUGAUGAAGGCAUAAAAAACCGUUGCAUCACUAACCAGUCCUUUCCGAGAAGGAUGUUCAAUUCAGGAGGCAGAAAGAGUGAUGACAGUGUUUUUACCGCAGCUGGAGAGAAAGCCGGGCUCAAACCCAGAGCCUCUUUGGAGAAGGAUACAUGUAAUGUGAGUACUGACGCAAACCCGGGGUCGGAUAAUGAACUGCUCAAGAAACUGGAACGGCGCGUCUUGUGUGAGUGAGUGUGCAGGCUGCUGUGUGCGUAGCAAAGACGUCUGUGCCGUGCUCACCAUUCAUGCAGUGUGAUUAUUCCAACAAACACCUUUGCUCUCGCUCCCCCUCUCUGUCUGCCUGCCCGUCACUCUCACCGCAGCCCUCUCCCCCCUCUCCGUGCCACAUGUGCACACACGGCGCCCACGCACCGCGUGUAAUUGCCUGAGCGCCAUCAGAAGAUAUUAUAUUAAUAUUUAACACCUCUCCCGCACCCCCUCGUUUCCGCGUCACACCAGUCAAUAUGGCCACUCUGCAACAUCACCGGCAGCUUCUCAUGCAUGGCACGGAAGUGAGCUGCGACUCCAGCGGGGAUGGCGCCGUCACCGUGCGGAUAACCAACAGCGCGCCACACGUGCAUCAACAUGAGCCACUGAGGGCUGCCAACAGUGGAGCAGGAGCAGCUGGAAGCUAUGGGGCUGUGAGUAAAACGAACCCUAACCUCCACAAAUACAGUAUCUCUUCCAGCUGCAGCUCGGCAGACUCCAGACCAGCCGUGACCUCCACCUCCAGGGUGCAAAGGAAGGCGCCACCGUUGUUCGAACGCUCUGCUGCGCAAUGCUGGGACCCCAAGUUUGACUCCCCCAUCCUGGAAGAGGCAUGCCAAGAGAGGUGCUUUCCUCAGACACAGCGGCGCUUCCGUUAUGUCCUGUUCUACCUUGCAGUGGCGGCUGUACUCUGGGGGGUGUACUUUGGGGUCAACAGUGAUCGCUGCAACCCCAUGACCUUCCUAGCCCCCACAGCCUCCUUUUUGGUCCUCUUAGUCCUCCUGUUUUUAUUCACCUUCACUCAGCCUUACACACGGCUGUACAACCAAACCUCCUUGUUCCUGAUAGCGGUCACCUUUGCCAUAACCUUAGCUCCACAGAUUCAGACUGCUGGUUACACUGAGCUGGAGCGGGCUGGUGGAGGGAAUGCCUCAUAUCUCUCACCAGAUGAUUUACCACCUUCAACCCGUUGCAUCUCCCCUGUAGGCACCUUUUCCCUGUGUAUGGAGGUUCUGCUACUGCUAUACAGUGUCCUCCAUGUCCGUUUGUAUGCCUCAGUGAUGCUGGGACUCCUCUAUUCUAUAUUAUUUGAGUUAUUAGGAUGGCUACCAUUGCUUCACAGGAGUUAUGACACUACGGGAUGGGAAACAGAGUUAAAGGGUUCAGCUUCUGAUUGGGAAGGAGACCCACUCCGCUGGCUGGGCCCAGCCAAGGCUCUGCUCCACUUGUGUGCCCAUGUCAUUGGCAUCCACCUGUUCAUCAUGUCGGAGGUGCGUUCCCGCAGCACCUUCCUCAAAGUGGGCCAGGCUAUCAUGCAUGGCAAAGACUUAGAAGUGGAGAAGGCCUUGAAGGAACGCAUGAUCCACUCAGUCAUGCCACGGCGAGUCGCAGACGAGCUGAUGAAGCAGGGUGACGAUGAGGGCGGUGGUGAGAACUCUGGCAAGCGUUAUUCCUCUGGUGCUUGCUCUGCCUCGGCUGUCUCAGUGGGUGGUGGGGGAGGUGGUGGAGCUUCACAAGCCCAAAGUGCCAUUAACCCCAAAAAUCACCCUCACAACAAUCACAAACGCAAGAAGACCUCCAUCCCCCGUGGACAGAUAAUAUUCAGGCCCUUCAACAUGAAACGCAUGGAGCCUGUCAGCAUCCUCUUUGCAGACAUUGUGGGUUUCACCAAAAUGUCUGCCAAUAAGUCAGCACCAGCCUUAGUGGGGCUUCUCAAUGACCUGUUUGGACGUUUUGACCGGCUCUGUGAACUAACUUGUUGUGAGAAGAUCAGCACUCUGGGAGAUUGCUAUUACUGCGUAGCAGGGUGCCCUGAGCCCAGACCGGACCACGCCUACUGCUGUGUAGAGAUGGGCCUAGGCAUGAUCCAGGCCAUCGAGCAGUUCUGUCAGGAGACAUGUGAGACUGUCAGCAUGCGUGUUGGUGUCCAUACGGGCACCGUCCUGUGUGGGAUCCUGGGAAUGAAGCGCUUCAAGUUCGAUGUGUGGUCAAAUGAUGUCAAUCUGGCUAACUUGAUGGAGCAGCUGGGUGUGGCAGGAAAGGUCCACCUGUCAGAAGCCACUGCCCGAUUCCUGGAUGACCGUUACCAGAGGGAGGAUGGUCGGGUGGCAGAGAGAGCUGGGCAGAGUGUGGUGGAGAAACUAAAAGGGCUGAGGACCUACCUGAUCUCAGGGAAGAAGGUGGAGCACGAUGUGCAGUGUGGCUGUUCUCAGGUGGGACUGCCAGGUGGGGAUUUUGUGGGAGUCGGCCUGUCUUCCUGUCCUCAACCCCACACACCAGACCUCAUUCCCGGAGGAGCGCAGGCUGCAGAGCCCCUGCUGCCCCAUCAACCAUCAGACAGGAUCGGGCCUCCCUGUGUGUCCCGUGGUGUGGUGUUGUCUGCAGGAGCAGAGCAGGGUGAUGAUGUGGCUGUGUUGAAUGGCUGCCAGGAAGAGCACAAAACUAGCAGUGCAAAGUUCAUCCCAGGUCACAGCCCCAGGGCAGCCAACGGCCUCCUGAGUCCCCCAAUGGAAGACCCAGUGCGGGCAAGCCAGAGCUCCCUGUGUGACAUGCUCCAGGAGAAAGAGAAGAAGACUAGCACUAGUACAGGGACUGGCACCAGUCUAGGCAUGACUGGUGGCACAGGGACAGCGGGUCCCGGUAUGGACCAUUCCGCCCUGAUCCAGCUGCGUGCCAAGAACUUCAGAGAAAAGAGCGACGCCCAUUUUGUGGAUGUUAUCAGGGAGGACAGUCUGAUGAAGGAUUACUUUUUUAAGCCACCAAUCAACAAGAUCAGCCUCAAUUUCCUAGAGAGACCUCUGGAAAAGGCCUAUCGCAGCAGCUACAAGGAGGAGGUGAAAAACCAGGCUCAGGUGCAGACAUUUGCGAGCUCCACCUUCAGUUCCUUCCUGGAUGUUCUUCUCAGCUGUUUUGUCUUCCUGGCUUUGACCCUGGCCUGCUUCCUUCCACCUCUCGUGAGCCCAGUCACCGUGGGCCAUCCAGCUCCUGCUGCCCUGGCCCUGGCCCCCUUAGCUGGUCUUUUGGAGCUGGCCUCUCUGGUGCUGUCCAUACGUAUGGCCUUCUAUUUGGAGGAGGUGAUGAACUGUACUCGCUCCCUGCUCCUGGUGGUCUCUGGAUGGAUUCCCCGUCAUGUGAUUGGGGCUGUGUUGGUUUCCCUCCCUGCCAUCUCUGUCUUAUCCCACCUCACCUGCGGCGUCCACCUGCCCCUCCAGGUGACCAUGUUCCUGUGCUGUGCCACCAUCCUGGCCAUCAUCCAGUAUUGUAACUUCUGUCAGCUGAGUUUUUGGAUGCGCUCAGUCCUGGCCACUGCUACAGGGGUUGCUCUGUUACUGUUGCUGUACAGCCCCUUACACAGCUCCAGUAAUAACAGCUUGCCAGUUCAUGGACUGAACAUCUCCACAUCAGGUGAUAGUGAUUCAGAAUCGGGCCCCGAUCCUCCCCCUCGGCCUCUUGACCUUUUGGUCCCAGAGGCGGUCCUGGCCUUCUUUCUGCUUCUUCUUCUGGUCUGGUUCCUCAACCGUGAGUUCGAGGUGAGCUACCGUCUCCAUUACCAUGGCAACGUGGAGGCUGACAAACAUCGCUCCAAGAUCCAGACGAUGCGAGACCAGGCUGAGUGGUUACUGGGCAACAUCAUCCCCAUUCAUGUCGCUGACCAGCUCAAGGUUACCCAGAGCUAUUCCAAGAACCAUGACAGUGUGGGUGUGAUCUUUGCCAGUAUUGUAAACUUCAGUGAAUUCUAUGAAGAGAGCUACGAGGGUGGGAAAGAGUGCUACCGUGUCCUUAACGAGCUAAUUGGAGACUUUGACGAGCUCCUUCGCAAACAUGAAUUCAAAAGUGUAGAAAAAAUCAAGACAAUCGGUGCCACCUACAUGGCAGCGUCAGGACUGAAUGUCCGACAGCUGGCUGAGAAUGACGAUGACUCCCCGCAUGCUCACCUGAGGGCACUCUUCAACUUUGCUCUGGAGAUGAUGGGUGUCCUGGAUGAUUUCAACAAGAACAUGCUAGGUUUUGGUUUCAAGCUCCGUAUUGGAUUCAACCAUGGGCCCCUGACGGCGGGGGUGAUCGGCACUACUAAGCUUCUCUAUGACAUUUGGGGAGACACGGUCAACAUUGCCAGCCGCAUGGACUCCACUGGUGUGGAGUGCCGGGUGCAGGUGAGCGAGGAGAGCCACGCUGUUCUCAACGCCAUGGGUUUAGAGUUCGACUACAGAGGUACCGUGAAUGUUAAGGGCAAAGGUCAAAUGAGGACCUUUCUGUACCCCAAAAGUGGGGAAAGUGUAUGUCAAGAUCGCACGGAGCAGGCCAUCGGAGUCGGACCCUCGGCCAAUAAGACUUCAGGAUCUGUUGCCCAAGCAGCAGUUCCUCCUCCUUCUUCUACUCUUCCUUCCCUCUCUUUUUCCACACUCCCUCCUCAACCCCAAAGCGCUGUAAGGCCUUCAGGAGCAGGGCCUGGGUCUGUCCUAGUGAAGUCCACAGAGGUGAGGGAGGAAGGAUAUAGGGACGCUCCACACCUCCACAGGCAGUCCCCUGCCACAGACAUUCACACCCCUCCCUGCUCUGAACUAGGCCCAGAACCUAGUGCUGUACAAGUGGCCUCCCAGGUUCAGCCUGCUCCUCUCGCACUUCAAGAGGAGGAGGAUGAAGAGGAGGCCAAUGAGCUAACGCAACUCAACGAGGAGUUUUAUGCUCGUCUCUGAUCCCUCCUCUCCCCUUCCCCAGUCUUCUGUCCCCCUGCUGCCCCCCGCUGCUGCCUCUCCAGGACUGAUUGCAGGUGUGGGCAGGAUGUCCCUUCCAUUAGGCAAGUGUCUUCGGCAUGGAUCAAGAAGAGGGAGUUUGUCACUCCAACACAAACAGUGGCCACAGUGGCUAAUAAAAUGGCUACUAGAGUCUUUCAUGGGAAUGUUGCCUGAGUGCUGGGGUGGGUUGGACCUGUGUUGAGCACAGCAGUUUAUAAUGGAGAACAGGCUGAAAGAGGGUAAUAGGGAAAGGAAGAUUUGUUGGUGUUGUUGUUGAUGUUUUUCUUAUUCAUUUUUGUUAUUAAGUGCCUUCAGGACUAGAACAGUGAACAAACAAAUAUGAAUACUGAACAAAGUUUUAACAAUCUUAGACUACGGAACAUGCUGUGGUUUCUUACUCCAUGCUCUUAUUUUCAAUGCAAGCAUUUCUUUAAAAAAUCAUUAUUGUUGUGCCAUAUCAUUUGUUUUAACUUGAUCAAAGUCUUGACCUUACUUAAGGGAAAAUCAUUUUAGAUUCUAUAUAAGUGCCAGUGCAGCAUGAUGGGCUGAGCAGGGAACUGAGGGGAGAAUGAGGGAAUCACAUGAAGCAGUGUUAAUUUAUGUAUUCUGCUUUGACAUGAGGGCUUAAUACAUUAUUCAUUUGUGCUAGAGUCUCAGUAAAAGGGGACAUGCUACAAAGCAGGCUGCAUAGAUUUUAGUUUGAGUAGCAGCUAAAUGCACAUUUUAAGCACGGGUCUUGCACAGUGUUUUCUCGACCACUUGUAUUUGGUAGUUAUUACCGUGUGAAAGCUUUUAAGAGUUUAAACAAAGUUCUUGUCUUUCACAACAAGUACAAUCAAAAGCACAAAAUCAGAUAAGGGAAUACAGAUUUGGAAGAAAAGGUGGUUUUAAAAAGUGAGAUCAUCACAAAAGCAGGAAGGCACUUUAAAUAUACUUAAAGUGAUACUCUACAUUUGAGUAAGAAACACUCACCCCAUGUAGACCUGAAAGGUGGCUGGAAAAAUGUAGGUUUAUCCUAAAAAUGCAUAUGGUGACUGUGAUCAGCUUAGACUGAUGGUGAUUAUAUUGGAUUCUAUAGAAAUUUCUCAAACAAGUUGUGCACUAUAAUCCACUUUUCUGCUCCAGUGUCAGUCUGCUUUUUCAUUGGGUCGGAACCACUCUAUUGGAGCUUACUCACAUGCUACAUUGAAAGCUGUAAAGCUGUAUAACAAAGCAAACUGAAAUCUUUUUACACCCACCCUUAUGGGUUCAGGCUGACAGUAACUCUAAUUAUUGUUGUUGCCAAAAAAAUACCAUGAAGAUCAAAACAAAUAUGUGUAUAAAUGCAUCUCUCAUUACUCUCUGACUUUCCUCCCCUGUCUAUGGCUCUCUGCCCAAAUUUGAGCAUUUUUGGGGGGCAUUAUAUACUUUUUUUUAUUAUUAUUAUAGCAGACGAUAAAGUGAUAUGAGAGAGAGAGAGAGAGAGAGAGAGAGAGAGAGAGAGAGAGAGAGAGAGAGAGAGAGAGAGAGAGAGAGAGAGAGAGAGAGAGAGAGAGAGAGAGAGAGAGAGAGAGAGAGAGAGAGAGAGAGAGAGAGAGAGAGAGAGAGAGACACCCUGGAUACAUGAACUGGGGAUGUUGUGGUCUGCACCACCUUAACACAUAGGCCACCAGGACAGUAAAUAGAGUAUUUGUUGGGGACUAUUUUCAGUGGCAGUUUGGUGCAGAAUUGAGUAUUUAGGGCAACAGGACAGUGUAGGUGGGAUUAACUUAAAAUAAACAACAGAGUCCAUGUUUGUUCUAUGAGGGAACAUGUCACCCAGUCUGACAGUGGACAACAAUGCAGCUCUGUGGCACAGAAACAAGAUAUAUCAGGGUUUGGAUACUCAGACAAUACUUGUAAGUAGGAACAAUCCAUUGUUAAUUUUGUUCUUUUCAAGAGAUAAAAAUGCAGAAUAUCACCAGACUUAUCUUUUAAAACCUACAGUGGGGUGAGAGUUUGAUACCCAAAAGUUUUUGGAUGGAGUAGCACUUGAAGUGGGACUGUGAGGGACAAUCACUGUGUAGUUCUUGAUAAAUGAUAGGGUGGUCCACAUUGCUGUUGGUUAAAGCAAAAGCACAGAUCAUAUACCGUUUCUACAGUACUGUGUGGAAAGCUUUCUAUUCGUUGCCUUCAUUUGCUAGAAAAAAAAAACAAAAUAUUGGUCAGUCCAUCACUAGAUUUAUUCAAUAGUUCAGUAUUGUCUGCCUUUAGCUGUGUGAUUUGCUGUUGAAGGGGUGGGACUUUUAACUUUGAUCCUGUCACGGCCUCUUCACUGAGGGGAGCCUCUACUGUAUCAAUAUACUUAAAUUGUGCCACUUUAAUUGAGUGAUCUAUAGGUGCAGUGCAACCUAAACUAGCUGAUUGUUUUUGUGGUGCCUAAAAGUAUGACUGUAUUUUUUUGAGUACUUUGGUUUUCAGAAAGUUUUUUUAUCAUGCUGUUGUCAUAAUGAGGAUAGAUUAUGAUUGUAUGUUUGACAAAAUUAUGGUCGUUGUGCAGGUUUUGCUGCAUUUUUUUUUUGACAAAUUCCAUCAAUUUUUUUUUUUUUUUUUGCUCUUUUCCAUUUUUCUCAUCCUGUCAUUAACUGGCCGCCUGGAAUAAUGUGGUGGUGUUCCCAUUGAAUACCUGGCACCUCUUUAGUUCUCUUUGCUCUUUAGUCACUUCAUGCUUUUUUUCUUUACUCCUGAAAGCACUUGUUUCCCCCUUGUACUUUGUGUGUGUGUGUGUUUGUGUGCGUGCGUGUGUGCGUGUGUGUGUGUGUGUGUGUGUGUGUGUGUGUGUGUGCGUGUGCGUGUGCGUGUGUGCGUGUGCGUGUGUGUGUGUGUGUGUGUGUGCGUGUGCGUGUGCGUGUGUGUGUGAGCGAUAUUUAAGUUCCAAGCCAAUAACACAGAAGACAUUGCUCUUAUAUGAUCAGGAAAUCAGUCCACCACAGGCCACUGUUUAACUGUGAUUUUUCUGUCACUGCCUUAUCUGAAGACUAAUUUCAUGCACAAAGCUGCAUUCUUUGAAAGAGGGAAAAGAAAAUAUAUAAAUGUAUAAUGAUCCUGCAAACACAUAUCCCCACCACAUCUUUUAAUGUCAGGUCAACAUUUGGGCUAAAGAAUCUUGCCUUGAGAAACUAUGGCCACACAUAGACACAAAUGGCAUGAAAAAAGAGGAACCAUCUCUAUUUAUGUAGCCGUCUACAUCUGUAGCAUAAAAAGAAUCUCCAAACAUACACAACCAGUGCCUUUUUAAAUUAGGAAUAUGUGAGCUGUGAUUAUUUGUAUCAAAUAAUCGUGAUAACCGUAGCGUAGCGUAAAUACCCUGAAAAUCCAAAGAAGUUUCUUGUGGAACUGUUUUAGUAAAUAACGACAUGAGAUCUGCUUUGUUGGCCAAAAUCUUUUCCAUUGCUUUUAGAAUAUUUUCUAACAAGCACCUCUCCUUGUACUCUUGCAAUUCUCAUUGUCAAUACUCUCGUGUUUGCCAUACCUAAUAAACCAUAGCACAGAAAGUUAUGGAAACAAAUGAGACUAUCAGGUAUCAAUUAUGAAGGGAGGUUGUUUUUUUUUAGCCCACAUGCCAUUGUCACUGUGGCUAUUCAUAUCUGAAACCAUCAAUAGGAGGUGUGGGACUCCACAGGUUGAUGGGCACACCACCUCUCCAAUAGCGCACAUCUGUACACGUAUAAAUAAAAUAUUAAAGUGAACACUGCUGGCUCUGUGAUCUGUGAUACAGUUGGGGGAGAAGUGAACGUGAUCUUGUUUGCAUGGGAAUGAAUGAAUGGUUUUCUUCUUUUACACUACAUUUUAGUUUGGUUCUCCACUAUACUCUCCUCCUUUAAUUUCAUUUCAGUAUCAUUCUUUCUACACUUAUGUUGAACAUUAAGCAUGUAUUGCCAACACGCAGGAUUCCUCAAAUCACCAAGCUUUGCUCAUUUAUGUAGUUGUUUGGAUUUCAUCCCUCUCUGGCAGUGUAUUGACAGAUGUGUGCGUGAUAAGGUUUCUCUUAGUUCUUGCAGAGGGAAAGAAGUGUCCCUACAAGUCCAGCUCCAGCGCGCGCCAAUCAAAAACAUGCAAUCAAGAAUACAGCUGAGGAAAAGUUUUAGGCAUUCAGUCAUUCCAUUUUGUUGACGAAGUGUGAUUCUGCUCAUGAGACAGAAAAAUAAGGAAGAGGCAAAAAGUGUUUUAUUAGCACUUGUUAAAAGCAUCACAGCAAAAUAGCAUUGCCUAAUCACUCAUUUAAAUGGUGACAGCUCCACAUGUUUUCAUUAUAAAUUUUCUAGUAAAUUCAACCCGUAUGUGUUUUUAAUUACACUGGGACAAAAAAUAGACAGAGUUGUUUGAUUUUAAAUCUUUGUGUAGGUAUUUGUUUUAUGUUUAUGAAUGAGAUGUACUAUGUAUGUUUUGUGCACAUUACCCAUGUAUCAUUUAUCAACACAUGAUCGUAAUCUGUACACAUUUGCACAAAGCACUCAGUGUUUGUACAUAUGCAGUUAUUUUAUGUCACAUAUGAUUUUUUUAUACAUGUGCAUGUGUCAGAUUUUGCCAGAAAACAAUGAAAAGAGACACAUAUUAUCAAAUUGAUUCAAUGUGUGUCUAUUUGAGUAAGUGUGAGUGUAAUGGAUUUUAUUAUUCUUUUUUUCAGUAUGAGGGAAAUAAAUCUCAAAUCAGAAAAUA